AUGAGCACCCUCUGUUCCUGCUCACUCCAAAUAGAGCACCUCUCCUCCACCCUCCCGAUAGAAGGCCCCUUUGACUUCAGCUUCCUCGCCACUCUCACCCAGCCCCUUGCCGAGCUCUGCAAAUCCACCGAGGGCUGUAGAAACUCCUGCCACAGCUACAGCCUGGAUGCCCCGCUCGUGGAUCUCUCCGACGCGGUGCUCUCCCUCUGCCAGGCAGCCUGUACGGCCUACGGCCUCCUCGUCGAUGAGCUCGGUCCCGCCACUACCGCUACUACCAAUGCAGGCGCCCCGUUGACAUGUACCAAAUCCCCUAUGGCACUGGGAAAACUCGCCCUCCAGGUCGAGGAGGAGACCCUCCUCGCGCGACAGGUAAUCUACACCGUGCUCACGAACUUGAGUGUCCUCUUGCGCGAUGCGUAUACCCGUGGCAAGGAGGCGGCCGGGGUGGACUUGGACUUGGGCGUGGCUGCGAGCAUGAGGCCGGGGCUUUACGGGCGGGAGGGGGACGGGCCUGUCAGUCAGUCUUUGUCGAGGGUGUUGGCGCUGCUAGGGAGAUUGUUUCCGGAGUGA